CGAGAGAAGAGAGAAUAAGCCGAGAAAGUAAAAAAAUGUUGAAGGAAUGGUUUGAAGUUACCGAGUUUGGAAAUGCAAAAUGCCCCAAAACCAAGACAGAAGAAACUUAUAAUUUAAUUGGGAAUAUUAAUAUUGAAAUUAAUUUUAAAAUAUUUGUUAAUAAUGUUAAUGCAACAGCAACGUUCCAACUUUAUAAUAAAGAAAGAAGUAUUGGAAUUAAUCUUUAUGAAGACAGAAUUGAUUUUGAGGAAAAUGAUGUAAAUGGAGAUUGGUCCCAAUCAAAAAUAAACAUUUUGCCAAAUGAAAAUAUUAUGAGAGAAGGAAUGACCCUCAAUAUUAAAAUAAAAAUAUUUAAAUUUUAUUGUGAAUUUAAUAUUGGAAACGAAACAAAAAUAUUCACAAAUAAAUUUUGGUAUAGUAAAUGGUGGUAUGGAAAAAAAUAUUUAAUAUAUGAAAAGUUGGUUAUGUUGGGAGACUUUAUUCGGAUUAAUGCAAUUAGUGAAACAGAAAAUGAGGUUAACAUUAAAUUUUUGAGGGAAAAGUUUUAA